UAUUUUUACCCUGUGGAGAAUACCCGUUUUUAAUACAUAAAACAUUUCCCCUUGUUUAACAGCUCCGUGUGGGCUCCACCGCCGACUCCUUUGCCGUCCCCAAUUUACCCAAUCAAAAGCAACCUCACAAAAAUCACAUCGACGGCCGACGGCGGAUCCCGGCGCCGUACCUCCUCCGGCACCAAUUUGCUUAAUCUCCGAUUCCACGAUUCUACAAGGUUCCGGCGAAUUAGCAAAAACUUCCGGUAAAUUAACAAUCUCCGAGAGUGCUGAUUCUAGAAGCUUAUGGUAAAAUAACAAUUUCGGAGUCCUAGAUUCUAAAAAGCUUCCGGUAAAUUAACGAUCUCCGAGAGUCUAGAUUCUAGAAGCUUCCGUCAAAUUAGCAAAAUCUUCCAGUAAAUUAACGAUCUCCGAGAGUCUAUAUUCUUUAAUAUUCCGGCAAAUUAGCAAAAGCUUCCGGUAAAUUAACGAUCUCUGAGAUUCUAGACUCUAAAAGCUUCCGGCAAAUUAACAAUUCCAGGGAUUAGAAUCUAGGAAUUCCGAAAAAUUGUCAAUCUGCGAGUGUAGAUUCGACAAGCUUACGGUAAAUUAACAGUCUUCAAGUCGAGAUUCUAGAAGGUUCUGGUAAAUUAUUAAGCUCCGUCCGUCGGACAGUCUAGAUUCUAGAAGCUUCUGGUGAAUUAUCUGGUUGUUUUAUCGCGGAAUUAACUUAUCAAUAUCAAAUGAACAAAGUGCUAACAGUUUCCGAUGCAACUUCAAGUGCGCGGAUUUAUUCAUCGUUGAUUGCACCUGCAAAUGUUCCUCUCAUUUGUGCAUUUCUAGCUUGUGCUAUAGCUCAGUUCCUCAAGCUCUUCACCACCUGGUACAAGGAGAAGAGAUGGGAUUCAAAAAGGAUGCUUAGCUCAGGUGGAAUGCCAUCAUCACAUUCAGCAACUGUUACUGCACUGGUAAUGGCAAUUUAUUUACAAGAAGGAGCCGGAGGAUCUACCUUUGCGAUUGCUGUGGUUUUGGCAUGUGUUGUAAUGUAUGAUGCUACUGGUGUUAGGCUUCAUGCCGGUCGUCAAGCUGAAUUGUUGAAUCAGAUAGUAUGUGAAUUACCUCCUGAGCAUCCUGUUGCCAAUGUUAGACCUCUGCGAGAUUCGCUUGGUCACACUCCCCUUCAGGUUUUUGCCGGUGCAGUGCUGGGAUGUUUAGUGCCAUUUCUGCUGAAACCCUCAAUCUAGAUUUUUAACUUUUAUCAUUUCUGCCGAAAACCUCAAGCUAUUAAAGCAGGAAUCAACAUCACUACCAAAGCCAAACCAGGUAACAAGAGAGAGUUUCAUGCUUCACCUUGUUGGAGAAAUGAAAGGGAUUCGGUGUUUGUGGAUUGUGGUGGUGGGGGGUGGGGGGAUGCUGUGUAUCGUUGUGAUUGUGACUCAAUCACUUGUACUUGUUAGUUUAUUAUCCAACUUGCAAGCUAUUCUUUUUUAUAAUUGUUCAAUACUAGCUUGGUUACUUAUGCAUCAAUCUUCAAAAUGAAAGAGAAUCUGAGACAAAAACGCCUGUACUACCUAUGCAUGUUCAAAAUGGUGUUUAUUGUUGUUAUUGUGACA